AUGCGAGACAAGGCUUCCUCGGAAGUGAAGCUGUCUCCUUUGUGGGAGAAGGCUCUGGAGAGCUAUCAUGAAGACCUUGUCGCCGACGAUGACUUCCGAAUGAUACUGAAGACUGGUAGUCUUGAGGAACUUCUCGCAGACGACCAGAUUUUGCAGCCGUUCGGGCCGCAAGGCAGAAAGGCAUUGGACUCUAUGAAUCGAUUAAAACCAACGUUCAAAUUGCUGAAUGAUUUCUCGGUUGUACUGGCAGUCUCCUUUGGUGCAGGCACCGCUGUGACAGCGGUAGUGUGGGGUAGUAUCAGAAUGAUUCUUACGCUGGCAUCCGCAGCGGACAAUACUUUACACGAAGUCUCAGAUAUGCUGGAAGAGCUGAGCCUGACACUACCACGUCUCAAACACUACGAAAGAACCGUGUCGAUGGACUCAGAGAUGGAGGCGACCCUUCUUUCUGUUUAUCAAGAGGUCAUUUGCUUUUAUGCUCGUGCGAUCCAUUUCUUUCGGAGCCACAAACACUCGUUCCUACUACGAAACGCAUGGUCAGAGCUCCGCGAUGAUUUUCAGAGAACCGUUAAGCGAAUCAAACGUCUGUCUAGCGCCAUCGAAAGCGAGGUUGAGCUGACCCGAAUGCGCGUGGAUAAUCAAAAAUACCACGAGGUCCUCAAUUUGAUGGCGAACUUCCACCCUCAACGUCCAGAAGCUGCACCAAAGAUUACCAACUACAUACCUUUCACAGAAAACCCCCGCUUCUGGGGCAGAGAGACUAUUCUCACCCUUAUAGAUGACGCUUUAUCAGCAGAUUCCUUGAAUCGCUCCCUGCGAUCAUUUGCGUUGCACGGUAUGGGGGGCGUUGGGAAGACACAGAUAGCGCUGAAAUAUGCUAAUGCAUCGCGUGAGAAAUUCGAUUGCGUUUUUUGGAUCUCAGCCGAGAACUUGGUUACGAUCGGACAAAGCUUCCGGGAAAUUGCGAAGAGACUUGGCUUGAUCAAACCUGAUACAGAGACGGAUGAUAAUGCUGUCAUGCUAGAAGUAAAGCAGUGGCUAUCGUCUACAAGUGAGUCGUGCUACUCUAUCCGUUGCGAUUUGUAA